CACUUUCAUCUUGUCUCUGCUAUUCAUUCUGCAUUCGCGACUCACCUGCACCAAUUCAUAAAUCUUAUAAUCUAUCUUUAUCGAGGAUACAAUGUCAGGAGGGCAUAAACAAAGCAGCUUCAGAAAAGCACUGGGAGCUAUAAAGGAUAGAACCACAGUCAGUUUGGCUAAAGUACAUAGCGAUUACAAGGAAUUGGACAUCAACAUUGUCAAGGCAACGAAUCACGUUGAGCGUCCUGCAAAAGAAAAACAUAUCAAAACUGUUUUUGCUUUUAUCUCGGGUCUAAGGCCUCGUGCGGAUGUUGCUUACUGUAUUCAUGCUCUUGCCAGACGUUUAGCAAAGACGCACAAUUGGGCAGUUGCCUUGAAGACUUUAAUUCUUAUCCAUCGAGCUUUGAGGGAGGUGGAUCCAACAUUCCAGGAAGAAAUGAUAAAUUACAGCAGGAGCAAACGCCAUAUGCUCAACAUGGCUAAUUUUAAAGAUGAUUCUAGUCCAAAUGCAUGGGACUACUCUAUUUGGGUUCGGACCUAUGCUUUAUUUCUAGAAGAGCGGCUGGAAUGCAUCCGUGUGCUAAAAUAUGAUGUUGAGACCGAAUACUCGAGAACUAAAGAUAUAGAUACUCCUGAGUUGCUUGUUCAUCUACCAGCUCUGCAGCAGCUAUUAUACCGCAUUAUAGCCUGUCAGCCUCAAGGAGCAGCAUUCCAAAAUUCUGUCAUUAAGUUAGCGCUUUCUUUGGUUGCUUCUGAAAGCAGUAGAGUUCAUAAUGCGAUCAAAGAAGGCACGGUUAAUAUGGUUGACAAGUUCUUUGAAAUGAAAAGACAUGAUGCUCAAAAGGCUUUAGAUAUAUACAAGAGGGCAGGAAAACAGGCUGACAGACUGUCGGAAUUCAAUGAGCUAUGUUCAAUGCUUGAUGUUGGACGUGGAGAAAAGUUUGCAAGAGUUGAGCCGCCUCCUGUAUCGGUUUUGCAAGCAAUGGAAGAUUAUGUAGGAGAGGCUCCUCGUAAUUCGAUUGUCCGUCAGGAUCGGUCAAUUGAUUCUGCCAAAGUGAUCGAAGCCAUUGAGCGUCAGAAGUCCCGAGAAGUGCAGGAGAAAAGGCCACCAUCUCCAUCUCCACCUCCUUCUGAAUCUGAACCAGUAAAAGUGGAAGCUCCUCGUCAGAGGCAACCAGAUCUAUUGGGUUUGAAUAAUCCUUCUCCAGCGUAUCCUGCUUCAGAUCAGAAGAAUGCUUCAGAUUUGGCUAUUGUUCCAGUUGAGAAGCAGACAACUACUACUGGCUCAGACCUGGCAAGUGUAACAUCAGGGUGGGAAUUAGCACUUGUUACUGGUCUUGACCCUAGUGAGAGCACUCCAGCUUCAAGCAAACUGGCUGGUGAUAUGGACAAGCUCACAUUAGAUGCUCUAUACAACGAUGCAAUCAGAAGAAACAACCAGAACGUAAGUUACAAUCCAUGGGAACAAACCUCACUAGCCAAUCCUGCGAUGACACAACCAGCAUACGACCCUUUCCAUGCCUCCAACCCUCUUGCAGCAGCAUCUUCUGUCCAAAUGGCCGCCAUGGCUAACCAGCAACAGGCAUAUAUGUUACAGCAACAACGAAUGAUGAUGAUGAUGAACCCGCAACAACAGCAUUUCAACUCAUUUGGUAACCCUUAUGGCGCCGCUGCCCAUCCCUACUGCUCUGGGAUGCCACUUCCAGCCUACAGUGCAUAUAACAGGCUCAUUUAACAACUGCAGUCAAAACAGUUCUUAGAUUGAAAUGAUAUUAUGUACAUUAAAAGGGAAGGUCCUCCCAUUUGUAUUAUUUGCUUGUGUUAGAAUAACUAGCUUGGGGACCAAGGGCCUUUGUUAAAGCUGCUUCCUUGUUCUUUGCAUGAAACAGGUUCUAAUUUGUUUUUUUUGUUGUUUUUUAAAUUGAUUGAGAUUGGAAAUAGUCAUGUUUU